AUGAGUGUGUGCUUGUUUUUCCAGGUGGGUGAAGACAGCUCCAACAGGAAGUUUUUGGUCAGCCGGCUGUUUGAUGUUGCUGAAGGAUCCACAUUGGAAGAAUCAUCCACCAGCUGCAUUCGACUAGAGUGGAACAAGGGGAUAGUGGGACACGUAGCUUCCACAGGACAGCUGCUCAAUAUCAAGAAUGCAUAUGAGGACCCAAGAUUCAAUGCAGAAGUUGACCUGAUCACAGGCUACAAAACCCAAAGUAUCCUUUGUCUACCCAUCAAGAAUCACAGAGAAGAGGUUGUUGGAGUGGUUCAGGCUAUUAACAAGAAAUGUGGAGAGAACGGUGCCUUCACUGAACAGGAUGAAAAGGAUUUUUCUGCCUAUCUAGCCUUUUCAGGUAUAGUUCUGCACAAUGCACAGCUGUACGAGACCUCGCAGUUGGAAAACAGACGCAAUCAGGUGCUGUUGGAUCUGGCCAGACUGAUCUUUGAGGAGCAGCAGUGUUUGGAGGUUGUGCUGCGGAAGAUUGCUGGAACCAUCCUGUCCUUCAUGCAGGCUCAGGCCUGCACUGUUUUCAUUGCUGAUGACGACUCAAUGGUCAGCGCACAUACACACGUAGACACAUAGACACACACUGAUC